GGGUUAAACUCUUACCAAUCCUAAGUCAAUAUAAACCGAUUCUUUUCAGAUGCAUGGUCAUUUGGUGAGAAAGUGAUGUGUACCAAACAACUUAACUAAAAGGAAGAAUUUUUCUCAAUAGUGUCUCUGCCAUUGGUUGGCAAUUUCUCAACAUGGAUUUAUACCUGACGUGCUUCAUACUAGCCGCAGGGUUUUCAAUAGUAAAUGGCGAUUUUCGUUAUGAGCACUUCAACACCUUCAGCUUCCAUGGAAAUGACAAUCCAUCCCGAAAACCAUGGUUUCUUGACGACUACUCAGAUUACACGCCCGAAUCAUCAAGAACAGUUUACCAUUAUGCAUAUCCUUACGAUGAUAAUGUGAAACACGGUUCGAUCCACAUCCCAACUUACAAAAAAUAUUCACCCUAUUCCGACUCUUAUUACUCCAGCACGAAGAAGAUCCCCAAUGAAGACAAGGCUUUCAAAAAGGCGAUUUCUCCCUUCUAUACAAUCACCGAUAAAGACUCGAUCAAGUACAAAAAACUGGUUCUGAAAUCAGGACUGCCUUACUGCCGGGAAAUAAAAUCAAAGGGGCUUGAUGAUAAAGUCAAGCAUGAUCAACACUCUGACGAUUCAAAAACGAUAAAAAGGGAGGCUAUGACUUGUUAUAAAUGCAAGGACCCCAAAAAUGGGUCAACCUACGAACAAUGUUCAUACAGUUCGGAACCUCAAGCAUCCACAAACAUAGAAAAAUUUGAGCGUGGUCCUUUGAGAUUCAGAAGAUCUAAUGAGGAAUUUGAUAGUUCCGAAGAAGAAAGUGCUCCUGCUGUUUCUCUAACCGCAACUAAGGAUGAAAAAUUGAAGGAACCUUAUAGGUUUAGCGAGGAAUAUUUCUUGCCACAAGCUUCUCGUAAAAUAUCAACUGAACAAAAAUCUGAUCUUUGUGAAAGAGUCGUGAAAGAUUCGAUGAUCUGUAUGGUGUGCAAAGAUCCUAAGACGAAUGGAAAGUACGAACAGUGUUCCUACGUUGCUGAACCGAACGAGAAAGCUUAUGCUUACACAAAGUCUAGUUCUUUUGGAGAACCAAAAAAACCUGAAAAAUCUGGGAAUCUAAAGAAGAGGGAUCAUAGAGAACCAGCGCCAACUCAUGAAAGUCUUGAGUCUAGUGAGUAUGGAGAUGAGAAAGUUUCGGAAGAAAGACCUAGACAGUUGAAGGAUGCUACUGGAAAUUCUGAGUGCAAACAGGUGCAGAGAGAUUCAGAGAUCUGUACAGUCUGCAAGGACCCAAAAACUGGUGGUAAUUCGGAAAGAUGCAGUUACGCCUACAACCCAGAUGACAAGGUCUACAAAUUCACCAAAUCUAAAUCCUUUGGAUAUCCAGAAUCUGACAAGUCUGAUAAAAGUUCCAGUUACGAGGAUGAUGAAUCUGACAAAGAGGUUUCAGAGUCAGAUCCGAAGGAGUCAACCAGUUACUCUGAUGAUGAUCCCUAUGAUUACAGUGGUUACCAAAAACCCAAGGAAGCUUCCAGUUACGAAAGCCAAGAAUCACCAUCGUCUUACGGAGCUGAUGAAAGCAAAGAUAGCAAGGAAAGCAAAGAAAGCCAAACUUACGACUAUUAUCCAGCUUCUGCAGACUACAUCAAAUCAGAAUCUGAAAAAAUCUUGAAGGAUGCUGAAUCCACUAAUUGUAAGAAGAUCCAAAAAGACUCGAUGAUCUGCACAGUCUGUAAGGAUCCAAAGACUGGUGGAAAUUCGGAAUCUUGUAGCUAUUCAUACCAACCCGAAGAUAAGAAGUUUGCUUAUACCAAGUCCAAAUCCUUUGGAAGCCCUACGGAAAAUCGAGGAGGAAAUAAGGAAAGUGAGGAAAGCAAUCCUUAUGGAUCUUCAGAGUAUUCUGAUGAUGCUGGUUAUUAUGGUACUGAACAUAAACCUGUUGCAUAUCAAAGUGGAAAGCAAGAAACAGCUGAUUCAAAAACACAAGCGGUGAUUUCUAAUCAGAGUACUACUCAGGCACCAAUAUCGAAGGUGGACCUCGAGUUUCUGAGCACCUCCAAACGAAAAGCGGAAAUCGAAAAAUUCCUGAAGGAAUUCCAGGCCGAAGAUAGGACCAAGUGCCAAAAAGUGAUGAAAGACAAGAUGACUUGUUACCGAUGCCGGGAUGAAACUGGAGUUCAAAAAGAAGAAUGCAUGUUCAUAACAGCCCCAGCGAAUAAAACAAAAAAUCGGGUUUCUUAUAGAGAGUCCAAGAAGUUUAAGCUCGAUCUGAAACCUAAAGUCGCAGCAACCUCAGAAAUUUUAAAGAGGAAAAGGCAAGCCACUAAAGUUAAGGAAAAUUCUAGCAUUCCCUUGGAACCAGCAUUUUCAGCCAGUGAAGAUUCCUACACGAGAACAAAAGAGACCAAGAACAAGAAUCCUGAAAAAGAUGAGGAUGAUGAUGUUGAUGAAAAUGAUGAUCAGAACGGAGAAAAUUAUGGCGAAAACAAUGAUUAUAGGGAUCAAAAUGAUCAUAAGGAUACAAAAUAUAAAGAUGGGCAUAUGGAAGUUAAGCCUCAUGAAUAUGUUGCUGAAACUAAAUACAAGUAUGAUAAAGUUCUUGGACUCACACUUCCUGCAUAUAUGCUAGAAACUUCAGAAUUUGAAAAAGAAUUUGAUGAAAUUUACACUGGUGGUAGAUCAUCAAGUUAAUUAAUUUUAUUAGAUUUUCCAAUAAUUUGUAAAUAUGUUAAAUAUUUUCUUUUGGAAUUCUGUACUUGUAUUAUUAUUAAAAGAUACAAAAAUAUAUAAAUAGUUCAAAAUGACUCAGUAAUAACUGCUGUAAAAU